GGAAGUAGUCGGACUGGAGCGAUGACCGGAACAACAAGAUGGCGGCGUGUGGGGAGUUUCGGGUGUCAGUUCUGUAACUAAGGCUUCAGUCCAUUGACUGGUGGAAAGAGCCUAAAUCAAAACCAGCAUGAAUCUGCAGCAGCCGGCCCCCCUCCUGCCCCCAGUCCACCCAGAUGUGCAGAUGAAGCCCUUGCCUUUCUACGAUGUAUUAGACGUCCUCAUCAAGCCUUCAAGUCUAGGUGCGAGCACUGCGCAGAGAUACCACCAAGAAAAAUAUUUUAUCUUUGCAUUGACCCCACAACAAGUUCGAGAAGUAUGCAUAUCCAGGGACUUUUUACCAGGAGGCAGAAGGGACUAUAUGGUUCAGAUUCAGCUGAGGUUUUGUUUGUCAGAGACGAGUUGCCCUCAAGAGGACAAUUAUCCAAACAGUCUGUGUAUAAAAGUCAAUGGAAAACUUUUUCCUUUACCGGGUUAUGCACCCCCUCCCAAAAAUGGCGUUGAACAGAAGAGACCAGGAAGGCCUCUGAACAUAACGUCACUGGUGCGACUAUCCUCUGCAGUCCCCAAUCAAAUUUCAGUGACAUGGGCGCCGGAAAUUGGCAAGACCUAUUCCAUGUCGGUGUACCUGGUGAGGCAGCUGACGUCACCGCUGCUUCUGCAGAGGCUACGGAUGAAGGGCAUCAGGAACCCAGACCACUCCAGGGCAUUAAUUAAAGAGAAGCUGACGGCAGAUCCAGACAGUGAAAUAGCCACAACGAGCCUUCGAGUCUCACUCAUGUGUCCGCUGGGGAAGAUGCGCCUGACAGUGCCGUGUCGCGCUGUGACCUGCUCUCAUCUGCAGUGUUUCGAUGCUGCCCUCUACCUGCAGAUGAACGAGAAGAAACCCACCUGGAUCUGUCCUGUCUGUGACAAGAAAGCUGCGUACGAGAGUCUCAUCAUCGACGGUUUAUUCGUAGAGAUCCUGAAUGACUGCUCAGAUGUUGAUGAAAUCAAGUUCCAGGAGGAUGGAACGUGGUGUCCCAUGAGACCAAAGAAAGAGACUGUCAAGGUCCCGUCACAGUCAGUUCCCAAAGUGGAGACCUCCGCUCCGUUGCGCCAGUCGUCAGUGGUUCCACAUUCUGCUGAAUCCACAUCCACCAAGAAGGCGGACGUCAUCGAUCUAACUUUGGAGAGCUCCUCCUCCUCCUCCGAGGACGACGCAGACCCUCCACUGAAGAAACGCUGUGUUUACAUUUCCAAGACUGAGGAGAUGCAUGCCAAGGGAGUGUUGACCUACCAGCCUUCCACUGUGCGAGUGCCAAAUGUGCAGCCUCUGGACCCGUCGUACUUGACCUCCACCCUUGCUGACUAUGCAGUCCCCUUCCAUCCAUCCACACUCGCCACCAUCCCCACAGACAUGCAGAGUCUGGAUUUGUUUUCCUUAAUCCAAGGAGAUCCUCAGCAUUACCGGCCUCAGAUGUUCCUGGACAACCUGACCAGCAGCAUGCAGAGCGCGGCAGCGGCCAGUACCAGCUCCGCCCUGGUGUCCUCCUCCAGCGGCCUGUACGACAGCAGCGCCCACGCAGCCAGCUCCAUGCACGAGACCCGGGUGAUCACAGGGGGAGAGGAGGGGGGGGGUGGAGGAGGGACGGACAGCAGCAUAUCAGAUAUCAUUUCACUAGACUGAGACUCCGCCCACUGGACCAGUUCAGUCAUCUGUUUUAGGUCUGUGGCCUUUUUAAUCCCAGGCUUCAUGUAAAUGACCUGUAGAGGUUUACAGAACAGCACCUAAACUGGUAAACACAUACUCUGUGGGUUUAAUAUGGCGUUAGACUGGGUCUCUCACCAGCUGUAACUGCACAAUAUACAAGGGGAAACCCUCUAAAUAUGUGCAGAUCCCAUCCUUUGCUGUAAUACCUGGAGCUACUUGUGAAAAGGAAUGUUUUCAGACAAGACUACCUCUGUAAACUGGAAAAAACAGAGGUGGAACAUCUGCCUUUUUAAUAAAACAGAGGUGGAACAAGUCCACACAUUCCUGAAUCAUGUCGAAGUACAGAUACUCAUUUAAAAAAAUAUCAGUUUAAUAUAUUUAAGCAGAAGUACAAAGUAUUUCUACGUUACUAGACUGGUUCUGUGCAGAUCAUUCAUGUGGGUAUUAGUUGUCCUGGUCUCAAUCAACACUUCUUCUCUGUGUUUAUAUUUUUAAUUUACAUUGUUUCCACUAAGGUUUUUUUGUUGCACACAGAUUGAAAACGCAAACAGCAAAAG